AUGGCCGCGAGUGGAUCGGCGGCUCCGGCUGCACGCGGGCGGCUGGAUCGGUGCCUGGAGACCCUCAACGCUGCCGCGGCCCAGCCGGAGCGCUUCCUCAGUGUUCAGGACGGACUCGCUGCCGAUCUCAACUCGCUGACGAAAACACUGUACGAUUUCCACAAGGCCCUCGGGCCUGAGACGGUUCCCGGGAGCCCCUUGAAAGAACUGGUGAUAGACAACUUUGACGAAGAGCAGAUCUGGCAGCAGCUGGAACUCCAGAAUGACGCGGUCCUCGGCUACUUCAAGGCCGCUGUUGCUAGGAGCGUUGCUGAGGAGGGCAUCUGCCUUCUCCCAGAAAUGGAGGAGGAUCGUCUCUCAGAGGACAGGGAACAGGAGACGGACAAUGAAGUCCAGAUGGAGGACCUCAAUGCCGAUCCCGUGGAAGAGGAAAGCGACCGUGAAGAAAAGAGACGUCAACCCGGAGCGAGGACGGACCCCGCGUUCAGCGAUGAGGAUUCAGAUAUCGACUUCGACAUUGACAAGCUAGAGCGACAAACCCGGCUGCCGAAGGCCGCCGUGAAGAGGAUGGGGGAAGCGUCCGUCGUGGACGACAGGUUCUUCAAGCUGGCCGAGAUGGAGGCGGCGCUGGACGCGGCGGAGAAAAGGGAAGGCAGAGAGGAGGGCAGGGAUGGUGACGAAGGCGAGGAAGUUGAUUACUUUGAGGAGGUGCUCUCUGAAGACGAUGACGAGGAGGAGGAGGUGGAAUUUGGGGAAGCCAAAAUGAAGCCGCUUAAAAGCGCUCGUGACCUCAAAUACCGAGAUUAUUUCGAUCCCGUCGACGAUCCCGAUGAUUUCACGGGCGACCGCCGAGGCUGUGAAGAUGACGGUGACCAGAGCGAGGGAGGAGGAUCCGAAGCUGAGGAGGAAGAUGAUGGAGAAGCAGUUGACACAAUGGAAGAGAUGGAUGGAAUCCAAGAGCCGCCGGAGGAUGAAAGGAAGAAAGAGGCUUCCAAAAGAGUGACGUUUGCCUUGCCGUUCGACAGUGAUGUGGAAGACGAACCAGACGCGUCGGAGGGGAAGGCGAGCCGUCCCCUUGAAGCGAAAUCCUCCUUUGAGAAAAGGCAGGAAAAGCUGAGCGAGAAAAUCAAAUCGCUCGAAGGAGAGCUGCUGAGGGAGAAGUCCUGGCAGUUGAGGGGAGAAGUGACGGGGCAGAAGCGGCCCGAAAACAGCCUCCUGGAGGAGACACUGCUCUUCGACCACGCCGUCAAAAUGGCUCCUGUGAUCACGGAGGAGACGACGAUGGAGCUUGAAGAGGUCAUCAAGAGGAGGAUAAAAGAUCAGGCCUGGGACGACGUCGUCCGGAAAGAAAAGCCAAAGGAGGAUCCCUUCGAGUACAAAAAGCGCCUGACUCUGGACCACGAGAAGAGCAAAUUAAGUCUCACGGAGAUCUACGAGCAGGAAUACCUGAAACUUCACCAGAAAAAAACCGAAGAGGAAGAAAAACCCGAACAUAUAGAAAUCCAGAAAAUGAUGGAUGCUCUUUUUCUUAAGCUGGACGCCCUUUCCAAUUUCCGCUUCACACCGAAGCCGCCCGUGCCGGAGGUUAAAAUAGUCUCCAAUCUCCCCGCAAUAACUAUGGAGGAAGUUGCGCCAGUUAGCGUUAGCGACGCUGCACUCCUGGCUCCGGAGGAGAUUGAGGAGAGGACCAAAGGCGGAGACGUGAAGACGGACGCCGAGAAGACCGCCACGGACAAGAAACGGGAGCGGAGGAAGAAGAAGCUGCUGAAGCGCAUCAGGCUGAAGGAGAAGGAGAAGCGGCAGAAGCUGCUGGAGAAGAAGGCGGAACAGAGCCCCAAGCCAAACAGACGGGUUUCCGCCGGGCAGCUGAAGAAGCUCAAGGCGGGCGGGGCGUCUCUGCUCAAGGAUGACGGCAAAGACCGGGCUUUGAAGUCCUCCCGAGCGUUCUUCUCUCAGUUGCAAGAUCAAGUAAAAAUGCAAAUCCGGGACGCCAAGAAAAGCCAGAGGGAGACGAAGAAACGGGAGCUCUCGGCCCAGAAGCUGAAGCUAUAAGAUAUUUAUGCCGACGCUGUUUUGUACCAAUUAAAUCGGAUUUUCUAAUGUA